UUUCCAUUUGCGGAAGUACACCGCCCUUCAUAGCAACACCGUGUAACACACUGCCUGCAUGCAAACUGGUGGGAUCUGCUCAGCCAGGCAGGGGUUAUGAAGCCACCGGGCACCAGCUUGCACUAGGCACCUCAGUCCUGAGAGCAUGGCUCUCCCUGCCAACUGGGUGAUAAAGAUGGUGAUGGCUGGGGACUCCAACGUCGGGAAAACAUGCAUUCUCACCAGAUACACUGAUAAUACCAUCCCUUCCUAUAUCUCUACUGUGGGGAUUGACUUUAAAACAAAGACAAUUGAAAUUGAUGAAACUUCAGUAAAACUCCAGAUAUGGGAUACAGCAGGCCAGGAAAGAUUUCACACUUUGAGUGUCCGUUAUUUUCGGGGGGCUCAUGGUAUUGUUCUUGUUUAUGACAUCACAAAUACACUCUCAUUUGAAAACAUAGCCAUGUGGAUGAAAGACAUUAAAUCAAAAGCUGGCGAAGAUGUAGAGGUAGUUCUCUUGGGAAAUAAGUGUGACAAGGAAGACGAACGCAAGGUUUCAAAAGAAAGAGGAGAAAAGCUUGCUUGGGAGUUUGGUAUGCCAUUUUUCGAGACAAGUGCCAAGGAAAAUAUAAAUAUUGACAAGGCAUUUUUAAUGCUGUCCGACAGUAUAUAUUCAAAGAAAUCGUCUUUAUUAGUGGAGGAUAAUGUGGUGAAUUUGAAAGAAUCGAAGGAAAAGGCUUCCUGCUUGACUUGUUGAAGAAAAUUCAGCCCAUAUUCUGGAAAUGUGUAGUGGACUAAUAAUUUCGACAUCAACAAGAACUCUUGCUUCACAUACCAUAAACUUGGACAAAUGCCAAACAGAUGUUACAUUUCAGUCUGUUACAAUUCAUACUUUGUGCAACUUUGCUUUAUUGUCUAUUGUUUGCAAAAAAAAUCUUUAAAAGAAAACAAAAGUAAAUAAUAUUAAGGAAUCCCAGUGUAAAGAAAGAAAUAAAAAUCAAGCACAAUUUAUUAUCUCACA